UUGAGCCACAUGCACCACCUCAAAGGCAUUUUUUCUUUCCUUUGUUUCCCUGUAGCUCCUCGAUCGUGUUAUCUGUUAACCUUCAUGUUCUUGGGAUUGGUAAUAUAAAGGUGAAUAUAUAGCCAGUCAGAAAGUGAAUGAAUAACACAGUCAGACGAAUGUGUUAUUUAAUAUCAACUAUUUUUGUAUUUUAUUUUAAUUUAUCUAUUUAUUUUUUGAGACAGUCUCACUCUGUUGCCCUAGGUAGAGUGCCAUGGUGUCAUAGCUCACAGCCACCUCCAACUCUUGAGCUUGAGCAGUCCUCCUGUCUCAGCCUCCUGAGCAGCUGGGACUACAGGCGGCCACUGCUAUACCCAGCUAGUGUUUCUAUUGUUAGUAGAGACAGGGUCUCGUUCUUACUCAGGCUGGUCUCCAACUCCUGAGCUCAAGCAAUCCACUUAUCUGAGCCUUCCAGAGUGCUAGGAUUGCAGACGUGAGCCACCAAGUCCAGCCAAAUAUAAAUUAUUGAUAAACAGCUUAGGGACAUUGCCUUGUUUGGGAAAAAUGGAGCUGGAGGAAGGUCUGUUGGAAAUGUGCACUCAGGAAGGUUCAGCAAAGCCCUCAGGGUGUCCUUAAGCCAAAAUUGAUUGUCUCCUGAGAGCUGGUCUGUCGGGGGCCAGUCACUGGUGGGAAGCAGCAGUGGAAGGUAUGGCCUGGUCUCCAAGGUUGCCGGGGAUCCCUGAGGGUAGCAGGUGGGGCUGUGGUCAGGUAUAUUCCCUGGGUUGGGGGUGUGGGGCACACUGUCAUUGUGGUCACACCAUCUUUAUCUUGUUUCUAAUUUUAAAAGCAAUACUUAGAAAACAGCACCUCUAAAUUUCAGGUUCAGAAGCAUCUCUUCUAUUUCUUUCAUUUUCCAAAAUUCAUUGACAAUAAUUAAUAAUCCUAAUAUCACCCCUUCUUGCAUUCUUGGAAUCAAUCAUACUUGAUUAUCUUUUUUUGAGGAAUAUUUAUAGAUAGGAUUUGCUAGUAUUUAGUAUUUAGGCCUUUGCAUCUAGCUUCAAAUGUGAGCCUAGCCAGUAAUUGUCCUCGCUUUUACUGCCCUUCCCCGGCUUUGUUGCCAAGGCCAUAGGACCUGAUAGGAGUGGAUUUCAUAGCGUGGUAAGACUGUGAAUGUUCCUUCUCUCUGACCGCCACAGAUUCUAGAACUGAGCCAUUAAAGGUGUAGCAUCUAGCUAUAUGUAGCUACUUAAGCUGAAAUGAAAUAAAAUUUAAACUUCAGAUCCUCAGUCACACCACAUUUCAAGUACACAGUAGCCACACGGGGUUGGGCCUCCCACAUAGGCCAGGUCUGGAAAUGUCCCCAUAACUGCACAAAGCCCUGCUCUGUGAUGGACUACGGCGGAUCAUGGGAUGGGGCUGGACUUCUCUGUGUUUCACUGGGAGGGAAGAGAGGAGGAGCUUGGGCAGUUGAAAGAAUUCAGAACCAUCCUGAAUCUAAUGGCUUGUGAGAGCAGAGAACGAGAACCUCCAUUUCAUAGCACCUUGGGUCCAUCAUGGGAUUGCACUGAGCUCACAUUGUGCGAACUUGCUCUUGAAAUGCAUUUAAAAUGUGCCUGGUUGUCUACUGUAUGUCAGGCACUGCAUUUGUCACUCAGACUGUUGCAGUGAUGUUAGCAGAAACCAUUCUCUUUUUAUGGAGUUUGCAAUUUAGCAGACAGUAAGCAACUGUGUGUGUGUGUGUGUGUGUGUGUGUGUGUGUGUGUGUGUGUUUGAGAGACAGAAAGAGAAGUGGUAGUCUAAGUGCCAUAAAUCAGGUUAGGAUAGAUAGAGAUGUAAUUAACGGAUGGGAGUGCUAGCCAACUCAAUGGAAGGGUAUAGGGUGCAUCGUCCCUGAGGGGCACAACUACAACUUGGACUUUACCUAACAAACACAAACAAUGUAACCAAAAUGUACCCUCCUAGUAAUCUGAAAUAAAAAACGAAGAAAUGCUGAGUUCCUGUAGAAAUCUUUCAUUCACUAAUUCACACUGCUGAUUGUUCUUCAUAAAAUUUAGUAUCUGUUCGCACAGAGAUAAAAUUUUGGCUAACACCUGUUCCUGCAAUAGCCAAUGCAUUUUAGAAUGAUAUAGUAAAUCCAUGCUGAAUACUCAUUGUUCAACUUUAUUGUGUCACAGAGCUGAAAAAUGACAAUACCAUGUUACAUCUGCACAAAUAUAAUUACUUGUUUCAAAGUGCCACUUAAAAUAGUAGCUUCAGCACAGAGAUUUUGCUGAUGCAAGGAAAAGAAAUGAGAGCAUCUGGAUCUGUUAAUACUUUUUUAUUUCUGCAGUAAACCCUUCAUGUUUUCCUGUCAUGGAAGGUGCAGCCUCUGCACUACACUCAGUAAAUUUACCAAAUUCAAUCCAACUCCACAACAUUUAUCUUGAAAGCUGUUGAAGAUAUCUAUUCCCUGUAUACUGUUCACAGGAGUUACCAAAUUGAGUAACUCUUCAUAGCAAAGAAAACCUUCUGUUAUGACCCAAGUGAAGUAUAAAACCUGUGUUGAGUCAGUAGUAUCAGUUGAUUCAUUCAAGCAAUUGAAUAAUAUAUAUUUUACUUUAGAAAUAUUGUGUGAGUUGUUCCAUUAAGUUGAAAGCUAAUUCAUGCUGCUUGUCAAUUGUGAUUCUCCUAGAAAGGCAUUUGUUUGUACUUUGAAAUGUUAUCAGGGUCUUGCAUCCUACAACUUGGACAACACAUUCUUUCACAAUUUCUACAUCACCGGUUUUCCUUUUGCCCCUCCAAGGACAUAAGCAACUUUAUAAGUUGCUCCAGUGGCAUUAUUUCCGGGUCUUGUGGCUGCUUGAAAGAAUCAUCAUUGCUUUUGCUUUUCAUCUUUUAAUUUCUGCAAUACAACCUUCCAUGCCUCACCUUCUAAUUUAAAAUAUUUCUGUUCCUGAUGAGCAUUGAAGUUCUUUAAUGGUGAUGCUGCAGUUUCACAAAGCAAACAAAACACCUUAUCUUUAGCAGAAACAAGAUAAUACUGUCUUUCCCAAUCCUCACUAAACAGAAUCCUCUGUUUUGUUCCAUCAGUGUUCUCUUGGUCUUCUUGACGUGAUAGGCUGUUAAGCAGACAGAAUUUUAAAAUGCUGUUGAGCUGAGCAACUACCCACAAAUUCCACUGCAAAUACAGUGCACUGUUGUCAGAAGCUGGUAAGAGAUCGACACAUUCAAGCGCCAUAAACUGUCACCAACCAGCCUUUCGUGCUAGUGGUGCUUGUCAGGCCGGGGGAGUUAGAAUUAAAUCAUGAGCAUAGCAGCCAUCAAUUUAGCCUUUAUGGCUUACUCGUUUUUAAUUGUGCUGGUCAAUCUUGGAGGAUUAUUUCAUUCUUUGGUAUUUUAAACACAUUCAUUUUUAAAGUAAAAAUAUAAAGGACAAAUAAAAGUGUAAUAAUAAAAAUUAAAAGGAUAUGUUCUGUAAAAUUUGGAUUUGGUUCAAAAGGCCACACUUAAGGACCUAGAAGGCCACAUGUGGCUUGAAGGCCACAAGUUCCCCUCCCGUGGGCUAGACUCUGUGAGGGCAACUGAAGCACAGAGUGAAAAGGAAGCCACUUUCCUUUUCACUGGUUCAGAAAUGGAGGGAGAGAGGAAGGGAGGGAGGAAGGAAAGGGAAAAAAGGGGAAGAGAGGAAGGAAAAUGAACAAGAUACUGGUGCCUUGGUAAAAGUGCAAGUGAUAAGAAGUCAUCAGAAUUUAAGUACAUUUUGAAGAAUAGAUGUGGACUUUGAGGAUAAUGAUCUUGUUCUCAUGGUCAUAUUCCUGGUGAAGCCAAAAGAAGAAAGUUUGAGCCAAUUCAAAGCCUCUAAAGCUUGAGGAAUAGAUCUAAACCCCUGAGGUUCUGGACCUCAUGUCCCCAGCACCUGAGGGGCCCCAGAGUCUCAGGCUUGUCAGACCCUAAUUGUGGGGUUUGGAUCAGGAAUGGAGGUGGAGUCAGUGUUUGGCCUUGUGAUGGAUGUGAAAGGCUUUUAUCCUCCAUGCUAGCCUGGAAGGGAUGCUGAAAAACAGGCCUUCUGAGGAUUUCUGCCUUAAUUCUGCACAGGUUCACGGAGAUGAGCAAUCCAGCCCCACCCAAGCUCCUGGAACUUGCAGCCCACAGCCUGCUGAGCAAUGAGGCUUCAGCUUUGCCUGCCUUGGAAGAGUUCACAAUUGACCUCUUCCCGCCACUGCUCACUGCCGCAUUUGCCAGGGGGCACAAGAAGGCUCUGAAGGCCUUGGUGCAGGCUUGGCCCUUCCCUUUUCUCCGUCUGGGCUCUCUGAUAGUGCAGUGGCCCAACCAAGACAGCUUGCAAGCUGUGCUGGAUGGGCUGGGGAACUCUUCUGCCCCCAGUGCUUGUCCCAGGAAGUCAGAACUGAGGGUGCUGGAUUUGACCCUGAACUUUGAGCAGGUCCAAAGUAAAGGGGCCUCUGAGGCCUUGGCCAGGUUCCCAUUCUGGUUACCAUCGACAGUCAAGGCAGAGAUGCCUCAGGCUACAGCCAAGCCCAAGCCAGUAGAGGAUGUGAGAAAAGGACCAAACCAGCCAUGGGAACCGGUAGAAUUACACAUUGAUCUUUUCCUGAGAGGCCCCUUUAAGUUGGAUGCAUUCCUCUCCAGCCUCCUGACGAAAGUGGAGCGGAGCCACGGGUCCCUGCGCCUGUGCUGUAGGAAGCUGCACAUUGAGGAGAUGCCCUUCAACAGUCUGAUAGGGAUCCUGAAGACACUGGAGCUGGACUUCAUCCAGGAGCUGGAGGUGUUUGACUGGUUCCGGGCACUGUCAGAGCAGAGCCUCUUUGCCACACAGCUGGGAAGGAUCUGCAAUCUGCGUAGCCUCAAGCUGGCCUACUACCACUGGACCUUCCCCCCCGAGGGUGAGCAGUCCUCUAGCUGCUUCCUGUCCCAGCUCAGUAAGCUGGGCCACCUCCAGAAGCUCCACCUCUCCUACUCCUACCUCUCUGGCAAUCUACAUCAAGUGCUCAGGUGCCUGCAGGCCCCACUGCAUGCCCUGGAGAUCCGCUCCUGCACACUUCUUGACACUGACAUCACCUACUUGUCCCAGAGCCUUCAUGCCACCUGCCUGAGGAAGCUGGAUCUUAGCGGCAACAACCUGUCCUACAUGGUUCCUGGGCCCUUAGAGACCCUGCUGGCAAAGAUCUCAGGGACAUUACAACACCUGGAUCUGAACCACUGCCGGCUGAAAGACUCUCACCUCAGUGCCAUCCUGCCAGCCCUGUGCCUCUGCUCUCACCUGGGCUCCCUGGGCCUCUCCGACAAUCCGGUCUCCAGGGCAGGCCUCCUGAGCCUGCUGGAGCACACAGCAGGGCUCAUGGAGCUGAAGCGGGUGCUCUAUCCUAUUCCAAUCGAGUGCUGUAUGUACCUGCAUGGCCUGUCCUGGGGACCUGUGAACAAAGGCAGGCUGUGCCAAGUACAGGCUGAAAUGCAGAGGCUGCUGCAAGCUGUGCAGAGGGCUGACAUGCAGUGGAGCCCUCCAUUGCCCUCACCUUUGCCUGUAAGGCUGGUGCAGCUUGACUGAGGGGCAGGCCCAGGGCCUGGGGAACUGUGGUCAAAGUGGGCAACUGGAAGCAUGGCCAGGGCCACAGACUUCCUAUUGGGCACAUGUUGUUUGCAGGAAACAUAAAGGAGUCUUCCACGGGAACUGUCUGACGCUUUCUUCUCUUCUGCUUCAUUCCCCAUCCACAGUGCAAAGUCUGUCCUGUUCCAAAUGUUCAUUUGAUCCACAUGCAUUUACCGAGGUAGCUCUACCACCAGGUGCCAGAGAUGGAGGGACACCAAAGGCCCAGUUUCCCUGGAAAGUACCCCCUUCACUCACCUCACUCUGGCCACCCACUUAGUUUCUCUUGCUUGUCUUUUGCUGCUGGACAUAAUUAAACAGGCCCUUGGCUGACUUCCCCACCUAAAGGCAUCAUGUGUGCCCUGGCGUGGACUGCUGGGAGCUUGGAUGAGGUGCACACAUAGUGCCAACAGCACCUGCAGCCAUCAUGGAGUGUCCUGGGACCAGGCACUGCUGUCCUCAGACUGGGUGUGCAGAAGGCCUAGGGCAUAACUCACAUUGACUGCAAGGGCACAUCUGGUUAGGAAGUCUGUACAAUAGGGAAGGUCAGAGAAGACCCAAGACUGGCUAUUUGAGUGGGUCAGAGAAUGCACCUCUGGUGAGGAGACAUUUGAGCCAAGGUCUCAAAGUCUGCUGGAGAAGAUCUGUGGUGCAGACGCUUACCACGGGUGUGCCCAGUGCUGAGCUCAGUGGGAGAGGACUGAGGGCCUCUCACACAGCACGGGCGCCCCAGCACCACUGCCGGUGUGGAUGGAGACAGGAGGCAGAGGCAGGGAGACUUAGGAGUGACCAGAUAACAUGCAGGGGCUGUAUUGAAAGGCCUAGAUCAAACUGGUGCACAGGAUCAGGGACAGCCAGAGAAUCACAGCUGAAUGGGGGAGGUUUUCCAGAGCAGCCGGUGGAUGCACAGUCCAUGCCCAGUAAGCUGAGAAGGAAUGGGAUUUCCAUUCUACUAGCCCACUCGUCACCUUCUGUCUGCCUGUCCGUGCUGUAGCUCUAUUGUAAGCAUCCUGGUCCCACCCACACAGCCCCCAGAACCAGAGGUAGGUAAGGAAGCUGCAUUUGGCAAGAAGUUCCUCAGUGCUGGGAGCUGCUUCAGCCCAGGCAGCCCUGCUGCUGUCCCCAGUGGACACUGAAACGCCAAGCAGACACCUCACAAAACACCGACACAGGGUGAGAUCCAUCCAGUGCAGCACCAUCCUUGUGACCAGAGACCACACAGUAAUCUCCAAAGACCUGUAAGUGGAGCACGAUGAUUUUUACAUUAUCCAUUUAUUUAACAAGUACUUGCUGAAUACCAGUUGGCAGGUACUUUUGCAAGAACUAAGAACAGAGCAAAAAUAAUACCACAUCCCUGCCAUGGUGGCACAUACACUUGUGCAGACAGGCUUGCAAAUGAAUGGCAUGCUUUCAAGCUGGGCCAGGGGCCUGCCGGUGAGGUGGGUGGAAGGGGGACUGUUGAUAAGGCAUCAAACAUCAAGCAAGGACUGUCUGGCGGAGAGGCUGGACUGGGUGGCAGCAGCCUGUCCUGCACGGGCAUUUGAGCAGAGACCUAAAUGGGGACAAAACCUCAAGGCAGAGAAACAGAAUAUUGCACGUUGGAGGAAUAUUGCCACCCAGAAAAGUUGGGGGCUUGAUGCUCUGUGCUGUUCUUUGUUGUGCUGAAAAUUCAAACACUUUCCUAGACCUUGACUCUGGUUAACAGCCUUCGAUGGAUAAGAGUUGCUCUUCUGUGACACAGCCUUGCAGGCGUGUGAUUGCAGCCGUCCCAGGCAUUACUAGCAGGGCAGUAUCAAGGCAUGUAAGAGGAAACCCAUUGUUCUCCCUUCCAACAGCAUCGGGGCACUGGUGCCACCUGGCAGGCAUACAGGAAGGAGCCAGUGGGCCUGGAUCACACGGCAGCUGUCACUCAGGCCCGCUUCUCUCCUUAGCCUGCCCACUCACUCUCUCCUUGACUGAGUCAGUGUUGCUAUUGAGGCAGAUGCUGGAGGAUGCUUGCUUUCAGAAGUAUCUGUACCAGUUCUCCCCCAGAUCGUAAGACCUUCCUGCUGCUGCACAGCCACUUGAGUGCCGGUCUGAAGGUUCCCUGCACCGCAGGCUGAGCGACACACCUCAGAGCGGGCACUGCAAUCUGUGCCCACCCAUUUGUGCAUCAGUUUCCCCAUCUGUGAAUCUAAGACUUUUGAAUCACAAAGUUAAUCUGAGUCCCUAUCUUACAUGAUUACACUUGUGUUAAACAAGGCACCUGCUUAGGAUUACAUGCUGAGAAUUGUGCCUGACAUCUAGUAAACUCUCUUAGAAAAGAAGUAGUGGUCAGUGGCACCUGGCUGGGAGGCUUGGUGGGAGAAUCCAGCAAGAUAAUCCUUGGAAAAUCUUCAGGGCAGUGGCAGCCACGUGGGUCUUUUUCAGGAAGUGCUGGUUUUCUUCCCCAUAUUGGUGCCAAGUGGACAGUCCUCUCCAGAGGAUCCCGGAGGAAGAAGGAGGUGCACAUUGUGUCAGAAGGCCACAUAUCAGGCCUCAGUGAAGAGAAGGAAAGGGCGGGUGCAGUGGCUCAUGCCUGUGAUCCCAGCACUCCAGGGGUCUGAGGGAGGAUCAUUUAAGCCCAGGAGUUUAAGACCAGCCUGGCCAACAGAGUGAGAUCUUGUCUCUAUUUUUAAGAAAUAAAAAGGAAAAUAAAAAGUGGAAAAGAAGGAAAAAGAGAGCAGAGAAAGAGGGUAGGGAAGGAGAAAGCCAAACAUUUCAGGAGGAUGAGAGGGACAGAAAGGUUUAUCUGCCACAGCGGCCCUAUAGGAGCAGAGCUGCAGCAGGUGGUGGGUGGUGAGCUCCAGGCCGGGGCCAGAUAAGUUGCUUUCCCAGCUGUUCCCUAAUUCCCUGUGUCCUCACUGCCCCUGCCUGCACCACGGUGAUUUCCACACAUACAGGCAGCAAGUGCCAGCUCUCCAGGGACUCACGGCCAAGGAAGCAGCGGUGCCUGCACCCCACACACCCUGGAACACCACUCAGACAAUGGCUGCAGGACGCUGUGCUCAUUGUUAUUACCAUAUAUAUUUAAAAUACAUUUUAAAUGUAUUUCCCUCCUCUUGGUCAUGAGCUUAUGGGUUUUCUCCUUGGAAAAAAUAUGGUGAACUAAAUACAAAUUUCUAGCGAACUAUUUUUGCAUUCAUGAAAUGAAAGUCACAUUCUGGUAUAGGUUAGUAUUUUAAGAGGCUUCUGGCUUCUUCCCAGAUUUAGGUGUAGAAGUAAAGACAUCAAUAUUAAAUUUUACACAGAAAAUGCCAAAAUGUUUUCCCACCAAUAUUUGAGACUCUGUUGAUCUCUUCAGAGCUUGUUGGUUUGCCAGUCAAAUGUGGUUUUGAUUUUACAUUUCCUUGUUUAUUAAAGAGGCUGGAUGUUUCUUUUCUAUGUUUAUUGGCCAUGAGUAAUUCCUUUCCCAGGAAAUUCUUGUUUGUGUCUUUUAUCCAUUUUUCCAUUCAGUUGUUGCUUCUCUUGUUGAUUUGCAGUUCUUUUUAUAUUCCAGGUACUAAACUGUUGCCAGUUUUAUAUAUUGGUAAUAUUAUUUCCCAGUUCACAGCUUACCUUAUCUCUUCACUUUUAAAAAGUGUGUUUUGGCCAGGCGGGGUGGCUCAUUGGUGGCUCCACUCUGGGAGGCCAAGGCAGGCAGACUGCUUGAGCUCAGGAGUUCGAGACCAGCCUGAGCAAGAGCAAGACCCCCAUCUCUAAAAAUAGCCAGAUG